AUGGAUAAUUUAGAGCGUGCUUGGAUGUACGAGAUGUUGGAUGGCCGAGGGGGUAUUAAUUCUAAUUUUGUAACUGGCGUAGAUAGCUUUCUCCUGUUUGCACGUUCUCAGCGAAAUCGCAUGAGUGGUGAUAAUGUUCGAUGUCCAUGUAAAAAAUGUCGCAACAUUAUAUACAUGGAUGUUGAAACAGUUAGAUUUCACCUUUUUAAGUUUAGAUUUGUUGAAAACUAUUCUAUUUGGAAGUAUCGAGGGGAAAAAGAUGUGACUGGUGUGACGUCUUCUAGCAGUGAUCUACAUGGUGGUGUUCAACCUGCAUUAGGAUAUGACAAUCCAUACCGACAAAUGAUUUUAGAUGCAGUUGGACCCAACUUUGGCCAGGGUUCUAGUUGGCAAUCUUAUAGUAAUACUGAAGUUGAGUCGUCUCAUCAUUUUGAGCCUUCAAUAGAGGACGAGUCUAAUCCUUCAAUGGGGGAGGAUCCUAAUCCUGAGUCUCAAAGGUUUUAUGAUUUGCUAAAGGCCGCUGAUACAGAAUUGUAUCCUGGUUCUUCCCACUCUCAACUCGCAGUAGUUUCUAGGAUGCUAAAUAUUAAAAUGGAGAACACUUUAUCACAAAGGGGAUAUGACCAAAUGAUGCAAUUGCUGAAAGAGGCUUUACCUGAAGAUAACAUAAUGCUUGAAAGUUAUUAUCAAACUAAGAAGCUAGUGCAUAGCUUGGGUUUGCCGGUUGAAAAGAUUGAUUGUUGUAAUUCAGGAUGUAUGUUGCAUUGGGGUGACGAUGAAGGCCUCACAUUUUGCAAGUUUUGUGGCUACGAGAGGUUUAAACGUCGCGUUGGUUCUCGUAAGAGGAAAUUAGUCCCUUAUAAAAGGAUGUAUUAUUUUCCUUUGAUUCCUAGAUUGCGAAGAUUAUAUGCAUCUUAUGCUACCGUCGGUGACAUGAGAUGGCAUCAUGAGGAUAUAUAA